AUGGAGCACCGUCGUCGGUCGAUAAACGAUUGCGAAAUUGAGUUGCAGUUGGAAGCCAUGUUUGGCCUUUCAGAUGCUAGAAGUAGUAGAAGACACAGAAAACAUGGGCCGGAACAGGCAACGUAUGAAUGGGAAGAAGAUGACGACCACAAGAUUGAAGACGAAAUAGGUACAGAAAGCAACAACAGACGAGAAAAUAUUUGGAAUGAGACAAGUGAAAGGACAACAGAUUGUGAAAGUGAUAAUGGAGUGGGAGGAGCAGGAAAUAUUAGAGUACUGCGUGCUUCAAAAUCUAGCGCCACCACUGCACGUCCCUUUGAUUCUACGUCAAUCAAUACACGAGAUGCAGAGGUGACUAUACCCACCGCCUUGGUUUCAGAAGAAUCAGAUUCCGAUGAUGAUUAA